CUGUGCAUCUCUGUCCUCCAGGCCCAGGGUCUCGUCCACCAGAACAGCAGGAGCCCUCAGAGCAGACGGCACCAUGUCCAUUCUCCCUGCUCUUCUCUGCCUUGGGCUGAGUCUGGGCCAGAAAACCUGUGAGCAGAAUGGGAUUCUCCCCAGACCCACCAUCUGGGCUGAGCCAGGACCUGUGAUCCCUCAUGGGAGCUCUGUGACUAUCUGGUGUCAGGGGACCCUGGAUGCCCAGGAGUACUCUCUGUAUGAUGAACAAAUGAAUACACCUUUGGACACACAGAAACCACUGGAGCCCAGGGACAAGGCCAAGUUUUUCAUGAAAGACAUUUAUGCAGGGACAUAUUAUUGUAAAUACCUCAGCCCUGUAGGCUGCUCAGAGCACAGUGACACUCUGGAGCUGGUGGUGACAGGAUUCUACAGAAAACCCAGGCUCUCAGCCCUGCCCAGCCCUGUUGUGACCUCAGGAGGGAAUGUGACCCUCCAGUGUGACUCAUGGGAGGGAUUUGAGAGGUUCAUUCUGACUAAGGAAGGAGAAGACAACAUCUCCUGGACCCUGGACACACAAUCAAACCUCAGUGGGCAGGUCCAGGCCCUGUUCACUGUGGGCCCCAUAAACUCCAGCCACAAGUGGACAUUCAGAUGCUAUGGAUAUUUUAGAAAGUAUCCCAAUGAGUGGUCUGAGCCCAGUGACCCCCUGGAGCUUUGCAUCUCAGGACCCAUUGGAGGCUCUCUACCCCCGCCCACAGGGCCCAUCUCCACAGCUGGUCUACAAUGGCCCCUGAACAUGUUGACUGGGGUCUUGGUGGCCCUCGUCCUGCUGUUCUCCCUUCUCCUCUUCCUCCUCUUCCAACACCGGCGUCAGAGCAAAGGCAAGACAUCAGAUGCUGCCAUGAAGGACCCUCAUCCUGGGGAGAGCAUAGAGCUGGACCCUCAGGCUGCUGCACCUGUUGUACCUGAGGAUGUGACCUACGCCCAGCUGAACCACCUGGCCCUCAGACGGGAGACCAAUGCACUCCCUUCUUCCCCAUCAGAGAACCCCCCUGAUAAGCCCAGUGUGUACACUGCUCUGGCCAUCUACUAGCCCAGGAAAGACCAAGACCCCAAACUCCAGGGAGGGAGCCUGCAGGGACCUCAAAAGGUACAGAUCUGCCCCCAGAGAUUUUCAGCUACUGACCUCAGUCAGCCUGGGGACCUGAUAUGGACCCCCAGUAGCUCCUGGGGCCCUCUAGGAGUACCCUGAUUCUAUACUCAGUGAUAACCAGUAUCCCCAUUUGUUUGUUUGUUUAUUAAUAUAUUUCAUUGAUUAUACCAUUACAGUUGUCCCAUUUCCACCCCUUUAUUCCCCUCUACCCUGCACUUCCCCUCCCCCCACAUUCUCCCUUUUAAUUCAUGUCCAUGUAUCAUAAGUUCUUUAGCUUCUGCACUUCCCACACUACUCUUGCCCUCCCCCUGUCUAUUUUCUCCCUACCACCUAUGGUACUUUGCUUCUGUACCUUUUCCCCCCUUCUCCUCCUUCCACUCCCCGGUUGCUAACCCUCCAUGUGAUCUUCAUUUCUAUGGUUCUGCUCCUGAUCUAGCUGUCUGCUUAGUUUGCUUUUGUUUUAGGUGUGGUUGUUAAUAACUGUGAGUUUGCUGGCCUUUCACUGUUCACAUUUUUAAACUCCUUUUUCUUAGAUAAGUCCCUUUAACAUUUCAUAUAGUAAGGGCUUGGUGAUGAACUUUUUGAACUUGACCUUAUCUGAGAAGCACUUUAUCUGCCUUUCCAUUCUAAAUGAAAGCUUUGCUGGAUAAAGCAAUCUUGGAUGUAGGUCUUUGGAUUUCAUGACUUGGAAUACCUCUUUCCAGCCCCUUCUUGCCUGCAAGGUCUUUUUUUGAGAAAUCAGCUGACAGUCUGAUGGGAACUUCCUUAUAGAUAACUGCCUCCUUAUCUCUUGCUGCUUCUAGGAUUCUCUCCUUCAUUUUAAUCUUGGGUAAUGUAAUGAUGAUGUGCUUUGGUGUAUUCCUUCUUGGGUCCAACUUUUUUGGGACUCUGAGCUUCCUGGAUUUCCUGGAAGUCUAUUUCCUUUGCCAGAUUGGGGAAGUUCUCCUUUAUUAUUUGUUCAAAUGAGUUUUUCACUUGUUGCUCUUCCUCUUCCUCAUCCUCUUCCCCUUCUGGUACCACUAUAAUUUGGAUAUUGGAAGGUUUAAGGAUGUCCUGGAGGUUCCUAAGCCUCUCUCAUUUUUUUGAAUUCUUGUUUCUUUAUUCUUUUCUGUUUGGUCUUUCUUUCUUUC